UGAAUGUCUCUUAAAUAACAUAGAUUUUUGUUAGAAAUGAGAUUUUUACCAAGAAUGAAGAUACAUUGAUUUAUCAAACACUCCUCGUAAAAAUGUUAUAUUCAGUACAAAUAGGAUGUAUGAGCAGAUUUACGACUAGUUUGUAAGAGAAGUCGCUCGAGAAAAUAUCUGCCAAUAUGAAUAAAAGAAAUUGUACUAUUAUUUUAACUUUGUUUUUGUGUACAUUUUUGGGUAAUACAUUGCAAAGUGAGUUUGUCAGUAAUCCACUAAUUCCUGAUGUUGAAUGUGGCCGUUCGGUUGAAGGUGUUUCAUCUUCACUUGUUGGAAGUAAGGAAUUUCCUUGGUUAGCCAGAAUUUCAUUCAGCAAACAUCCCGGUAAAUUUUUAUGUGACGGAGUCUUGAUCAACCAAAGGUAUAUCCUGACUGCCGGCUUGUGUAUAGAAGAUAAAACCUUACAACGUCAAGGAAAUGUAGAUAAGAUUCGCCUAGGAGAUCAUAACUGCUUACCCGAUGAGGAAGAUUGUGUCAGUAACAGUUACGUCGAUGUUGAUAUCGACAACGUAAUUUUACACCCAGCCUAUGGAAACGAACAUCACGUUACCCAUGAUGACAUCGGUUUAAUUCGGUUAAAAGAAGAUGUUAAAUUCAAUGACAAUAUUUCACCAGUUUGCUUGCCAAAACCUAACGAAAUAGCAAAACCUGGAGAGAAAGCCUUUGAAGUAGGAUGGUCUAGGAAUAGCAUUGAUAAACUAAAAGCGGAGCUUACCAUUAGCAACCAACAAAAGUGUUUUGAAUAUUAUUCGAACAAUUUACAUUUCAACUUAUCUGGUUCACAUUUAUGUGCAGGAGACUAUCCCGAUGGUACUUGUGCAAGCUCUUCGGGUGGUGCACUAGUUAGAUUGAGGAAACCUGAAAACAACUGGUUGUUAGAGGGUAUUACAUCCUUUGGACCAUCUAGGUGUAAUACAGACGUACCCAGUGUCUUCACCAAAGUGGAACAUUAUUUGCAAUGGAUACACGAGAACGUUAAAAAUUAAUAAAUACGCUGUAUUAAAUGAUAACUGUUGACUAAUAAAAUUUUAUUUAUAAAAGAA